CGUUAGCAUUCAUACGAUUUACAGCUGUUGCUAUUGGCAAAAAUAAAUCAAUUGAUUUGCACUUAUUCGUUGGUCACAAGUUUAAAAGUUUUCAGGUGGAAUAGCGGGCGAAUUUUUUUUUUCAUGUCUGAAUUAAAACAAAGGCAAUUGUUCACGAUCGGUUGCAAGAAUAAUCUGCGAUUUCGCACUGAAAAGUUGACGAAUAUUAAUUUUGUUUGUUUGUGAAAAUCUAAUUAUGUUCGGAUCACAGUCGAAGCUGUUUGUAUUAACUUGUUGCAUUAGUGUUGUGCUAACGAAAAAGCCCGUGCAACGGUUUAAAAUUUCUAUGGUAUCAUCAGGUAACACAAAUAAGCCAGCUCUGUUCACACACGGCGAAAGCCCGGUGUGGGAUACAGAAACGCAGUCCUUGUACUUCACGGACGUGCAUCUACAGAAUAUACACAGGCUCGAUUACAAUACGGGAAAAAUAUAUACCAAGCAUAUUGGUUACGGUCAAGUGAACCUGGUUUCACUUGUGGGGGGUUCGAAGCGCUUCCUAAUAGCAGUCCGUUCUGCGCUGUACCUGCUAGACUGGGACUUGCCGGGAGACGCGGGGUUGCGACUGCUCACCACAGUGGAGCAUGGUUUACCGGAUAACGUCAUUAACGAGGGCAAGGCGGACGCUGAAGGAAGGUUUUGGUUCGGUACAAAGGGACUUCAAACGGGAGAUGACGUUCUACCAGAUAAGGCAGCGUUCUACAGCAUUAGUCAAGAAGGAUUCAGAAAUCCUCGAGUACAUUUGCGACCGGUAACGAUUUCCAAUGGCCUGACAUGGUCACUCAACAACAGCGUUUUAUAUUACAUCGACUCAUCAACGCAGAAGAUUGAGGCUUUCGACUUUGAUCAGGAAAAUGGAGAACUGAGCGGGAGAAGGACCAUUCUAGAUGUAUCGACGUACGGAUAUGAAGAUGCGAUACCUGAUGGCAUGACCAUAGACAGCGAAGGACAUCUGUGGGUGGCACUUAUGUUUGGCGGCUCGAUUUUACACAUAGAUCCAGACAAGAGGGAAAUCGUAAACGGCUACAAACUCCCGGUUUCCCGGACGACGUCUCUUUGCUGGGGCGGUCCUAAACUUGACGAGCUCUUCGUCACCACCUCCAAGUACAGGAUGAACGAGCCGCUGGCUGGAGCUAUAUUUACCAUACGAGGCACUGGCAGUUACGGCGUACCUAGUAACUCGUUCAGAUUCGAUAAUGCUGAUAACUAUUGAUGUAAGCAAUUCGAAAAAAUACUAAGUGCGACUUGGGCUAACAUAGAUGGUUCCGUACCUAGUUACAAUGUGAAACACUACAAAGUAUUUAUGUUAUUAAGAUCGAGCAAACAUUAAAAAAAAGUAAUUGUUGUCAAAAAACUAGAAAUCACGCCGAAUUUAAAAAAAACAAACUAAUUUCUACCUCUUAGUUUAGUUUAUUUAUAAAAGCAUGAUUUUAAGUUUUUCUUAAACUACACUUCACUUAU